CUUACUAAAAGCAAAACAGAAAAGUGAGAGACAGACCACGAGGUUGUACAUUUCUAGGGCUUUUUCUCUGGUUUCCCUCUUCUUUUCCUCGUUUUCUGAAGGAAUUUGAUACCUCUCUCCUCGCGACUAAACUGAAAAUGGUAGGGUUCUCGAUGCAGCCGUAUGGAAUACAAGGAAUGCUGAAAGAAGGGCACCGGCAUCUCUCCGGCCUCGACGAAGCCGUGCUAAAAAACAUCGAUGCUUGCAAACAGCUCUCCACCAUCACUCGCACUUCCCUUGGUCCCAACGGUAUGAAUAAGAUGGUCAUCAAUCAUUUGGACAAGCUCUUUAUCACAAAUGAUGCUGGCACAAUUGUGAAUGAGCUUGAAGUGCAGCAUCCUGCGGCUAAAAUUUUAGUUUUGGCUGGGAAAGCUCAGCAAGAGGAAAUUGGAGAUGGUGCUAACCUGACCAUUUCAUUUGCUGGUGAACUACUCCAAAAUGCUGAGGAGCUAAUCAGGAUGGGUCUUCAUCCCAGUGAGAUAAUUUCUGGGUACACAAAAGCAAUAAAUAAGGCAGUUGAGAUAUUAGAGGACCUAGUGGAGAAAGGUUCUGAAAAUAUGAAUGUAAGAAACAAAGAUGAAGUCAUUUUACGAAUGAGAGCCGCAGUUGCUAGCAAACAGUUUGGACAGGAGGAUAGAUUGUGCCCCCUCAUUGCUGAGGCAUGUAUUCAAGUUUGUCCCAAGAACCCAGCAAACUUCAAUGUGGAUAAUGUCCGAGUUGCAAAGCUCUCGGGUGGAGGUCUGCAUGAUUCUAUAGUAGUUAGGGGCAUGGUACUGAAGAAUGAUGCAAUUGGGACCAUAAAGAGAAUGGAAAAGGCCAAGGUUGCUGUGUUUGUUGGUGGUGUUGAUACAUCUGCUACUGAAACAAAAGGAACUGUUCUUAUUCAUAAUGCUGAACAGCUUGAGAAUUAUGCUAAGACUGAAGAAGCAAAGGUUGAGGAGCUUAUCAAGGCAGUUGCUGAGUCAGGUGCUAAAGUCAUUGUUAGUGGAUCCGCUGUUGGGGAGAUGGCAUUGCAUUUUUGUGAGCGAUACAAGCUGAUGGUGAUAAAAAUCAGCUCGAAAUUCGAACUGCGGCGGUUUUGCCGUACCACUGGCUCUGUUGCUCUAUUAAAGCUCAGUCAACCGAACCCAGAUGACCUCGGAUAUGUUGAUUCUAUUUCGGUGGAGGAGAUAGGCGGGAUUAGGGUUACGGUUGUAAAAAGUGAAGAAGGUGGAAAUUCUGUUUCCACUAUUGUUCUACGAGGAAGCACUGACAGUAUACUGGAUGAUCUUGAAAGAGCAGUAGAUGAUGGCGUGAAUACAUACAAGGCUAUGUGCAGGGACAGUAGGAUAGUACCUGGGGCUGCUGCUGCUGAAAUUGAAUUAGCCAGAAGGCUCAAGGAAUUUUCCUUCAAAGAGACUGGACUAGAUCAGUAUGCGAUUGCUAAAUUUGGUGAAAGUUUUGAAAUGGUACCUAAAACCCUGGCCGAGAAUGCAGGGCUUAAUGCCAUGGAGAUCAUAUCAUCUUUAUAUGCUGAAAAUGCAUCUGGAAACACCAAAGUGGGCAUCGAUUUGGAGGAAGGUGUCUGCAAGGAUGUGUCUACAAUGAAUGUAUGGGAUCUCUACAUAACCAAGUAUUUUGCUCUCAAGUACGCAGCUGAUGCAGCCUGUACUGUGCUACGAGUAGACCAGAUUAUAAUGGCAAAACCCGCUGGUGGUCCUAGGAGAGAUCCACCAGCUGGUGCAGGAAUGGAUGAGGAUUAAGGCUUUGUUGGCAACAUAUAUGCUUGAGAUCUUGCAUAUUUACAGUGACCCCUUGGGUUGAUGCCAGUUAAUUGUUUUGCCUUUUCUACUAUUUUUUCUCUCUUUUUAGUGCCAUUUCAUGCAGUGGAGGAAUCAUUUUGAAAAAUCUGUAGCAAGUAUUGGUUGUGUAUGCCAUUUAGAACUCUAGUCCUUAAAAGAGCUUUUUUCUCUUCAGCUGAAUUUUAUCUCCAUGGGGGCUCUGUAGCAAGUCAUAGAAUACGAUCCCAAGAUGUCUUGCAUUGUUAUAUCUUUUGUGGGACAAACAUAUGCAUGUUUAAACGUCAAAAAUUUUUCUUGGUUAAUCAUUUUGUUGAAA